AAACGCAUGUAUCUAAAGUGACUCGCUGGUUUAUUACCAUCCAAAGCAACGCGGGGUUAAGUGUUUUGCCCAAGGACACUGACUGUGUAGCUUUGGAUUUAAACCCUUCAUCUAUCAAGCUGCAGCAUCCUCUUCAAUAGUGUUAAAUGGUAAAAAUGAAGUCAAACUUGUGUGUUUUAGAUUUAUGGGGAGAAAAACUAAGUGCAAAAGCCAAAGUGAUGGCCAAAAUACAAAACCUCAUAUCUGUAAAUUGUUAGAUUUGGAGUUUUAUGGUUAGAAAAAGGAUGUCUGAAAGAAAUCUGCAAUUUUUGUGAUAUAGAGGUCACAAGACUAAAACCUUCUAUCCGCAUUGAUUGGAAUAUUUGAAACAUUUUCCUUGUUUCCUGAUUUUUAUUUUUAUUUUUUUUAUAGUUUACCCAUUGAAAUGCUUGUAAGUCUUUAAAAUGUGUGGAUCGUCUCAUCCAGGGCUCCUUAAACCUGAUCCUGAAGAUCCACCUCCCUGUCUGUUUUCUAACAUUCUGAGUGGCUGAACACACCUGAUCCAGCAGAGCCAUGGACUUCCCGGGACACUUUGAGCAGCUAUUCCAGCAGCUGAACUACCAGCGGGUGCACGGUCAGCUGUGCGACUGCAUCAUAGUGGUGGGCAGCCGACACUUCAAAGCCCACCGCUCGGUCCUUGCAGCCUGCAGCACCCACUUCAGAGCGCUCUUCACCGUUGCGGAGGGAGAUGCCAGCAUGAAUAUGAUCCAGCUGGACAGCGAGGUGGUCACGGCUGACGCUUUUUCCGCCCUGGUGGACAUGAUGUACACGUCGACGCUGAUGCUGGGGGAGAGUAACGUCAUGGAUAUCCUCCUCGCCGCUUCCCAUUUGCACCUCAACAAUGUCGUAAAAGCCUGCAAGCACUACCUAACCACACGCACGCUGCCCGUGUCGCCCUCCUCUGAGAGGCCGGCCCAUCACCACUCUCAACAGGAGCAGCAAAGGCACAGGCAGCAGCAGGCGGAUUUGGGGAGGAACCUGGCUUUAGCUGGGAAUGCUAACCUCACAGGAAACACCGCCUCGUCGAAGAUGCAGCGCUCCUUCCUACUGCAGCAGCUGGGGCUCAGCUUGGUGAGCUCCGCUCUGGGAGGGAUGGAGGACGGCGGCGUAAGCAGCAGAGCGGCCGAACAGCGGGCCUCGUUCCCGGUCCGCCGGUUCCACAAGCGAAAGCCGUCUCUAGCGCUGGGAAUUUCCGAGGAGAGACCCAGACAAAGGCAGCGCACCUCAGGAGGCGCCAGCCUGGGUCUGUUGGAGGUGGACGGCGAGAACGCAGACCAGGAAGAGGCCGCGCUGCUUUCGCCAGACUCCCACAAGACGGGGGAUGAUUCCAAGCUAGACGCUGGCAUCACGGGAUUUGGAGCCGUGGGUCAAGAUGACCCUCAGAUGCCGAGCCAGUCAGACAGUGGACGCUGUGAGGGGGAAAACUCCGGGAGAAUCCCGGGAGGAGUUAACAAGGAAGAGGACAUGGGUGACCAGGAUCAGCAGGAGAGCAGAGGCACUGGAAAAAUCAAGUCAGGGAAUGAGGAGCAGGGGGAAGAUGAGGAGCAGAAGGUGGUGGUCAAGCGAGAGGUUCUCAGCUCGCCUGAGCCUGUAGACGAAAACAGCGAUGUGACCUCCCAAGCUGAAGGCAGCGACCCGGCGGAGCCCGGCUGCCAGGAGGAAGAGGAGAAGGUGGAGCUGAGCCCAGAGGGCAGCGAUCGCAGCUUCACCUCCGACCCCCAGCCCAGCUCCGAGCCUCUGCUCCAGUCCAGUUCCCAGCUCCUCCUCAAGGGCAGCAUGGGAGGAGGGAUGGGUGUCACUGGUGGUUUUGGCUGUAGCAACGGACUGAGCAGCAGUUCUAGUUUUAAUAUCUCUAACUUUCUCAGCUCUAAGGACUUUGGGAGAGGCGGCUCCGGGUUGGUUUCUGGGGAGGACGACCUUCCCAACACAACCACCGGUGACGCUCAUCACUUUCUGAUAAGACAAGACGCCGCCGGGCCGUCCUCCUCCGCGUCGUCAUCUCUUCUCCAGUCGGGCGCGCUAAGUGGUGAGAGCAGGAACGGCUUUGGAGACAACCUGCAGCCGGAUUCUCUGUUCCUGCAGCCUCUUCAUGAGAGCUUAGGAGGCCUCAGAGGGAGCAGUGGAAGUGGGAGUGCUGGGCGUGGAGGAGUGGAUCCUUUCGCUCUGGACUUCCAGCGCUCUAGUUUAGGACUUCACUCUAUGGGGCGACCCUCAAGAGGAGUGGGAAGUGCUUCCACCCUAAAUUAUCCAAGCUACAGACGGAUUGCUCCCAAAAUGAACUCCGGCAUAGGAGGUGAAGGGAGAGUCCAAGACACGGCGUCGUCUUCCUCCAGCCUAACCAGCCCUCUGCUUCUGAACGAGAGCGGGGGCUACGAGAUGAACAGCGGCCGGCCCACCUCCCUCCCGCCUCAGCUGACGCGAGCUUCAGCAGACGUGCUGUCAAAGUGCAAGAAGGCCCUUUCGGAGCACAACGUCCUGGUGGUGGAGGGGGCUCGAAAGUACGCCUGCAAGAUCUGCUGCAAAACCUUCCUCACCCUGACUGACUGCAAGAAACACAUCCGCGUUCACACGGGGGAAAAGCCCUACGCGUGCCUCAAGUGUGGCAAGCGCUUCAGUCAGUCAUCCCACCUGUACAAGCAUUCCAAGACCACCUGUCUGCGCUGGCAGAACAUGAACAUGCCCAACUCUCUGCUGUAGAGCCCUAGAGGAAACAAAGAACACACUGAAAUCCUAAAAUCAGUCUCUAAAAGCUCUCCUUCUCUUCCUUCCAUUCAUACGUGUUAUCCUUUGGGUUAGAGCGGGGGUCUGCAACCUGAGGCUCUGCAGCCACAUGGGACCUUUUAACCCCUCUGUUACGAUUCUCUAGUAAAAAGAAGAAAAAAAAGCUUUAAUUUGAAAAAAGUUUAGUAAGGAGUUAAGUUAAAAAAGAUCACACUUUAUUCAUCAUUCACGAACAGUUGAAGGACAGUACGUAAAACAAGUCGAACUAAAACAUUUUGGCAAAAUCUAAUGGAGAUCAGGAAGCACAGCCAAGGCAGAUUUGCUAUUUUUGAACAAAUCUAAGGAUUUUAAGUCUGCCUUAUAGUUCAAAAAUAUGGUAAGGGGGUCACUUAAUUAGCUCUGAUUUAUUUUUCUUGCAAAUUUCCGGUUGAGAUGCACCACAGACGUUAAAAAGAUUAAAUGCAGUAUAUACUGUGCAGUAUUAAGAUAAUCUUUCUUUUACAUAUUAUGUCUUUUAUUUUGAAAGGACGCCAUGCAAACACGUUCAUAUUCUGAGGGGAAAAAAGGCUAUUUUAUGUUUAUGUUUUAUGUCUGCCAAAAUAAUAAAAGUUUAUUACUAUGCAUUAUUACAGUUACAAUAACAUGAAUACUAAUCUGUCAUUUUUUUUUUUUUAGGGGUGAAGCCAGACUUUUUGGUUCCUUGUGGGUUGAGAGAAAUUGACCCAAUUGUCUCUCUAUGUGUUGACGGUUGCAGACCCCUCGAAAAGAAACCUCAAAUUUGGUCAAAUCUUCUGGUGGAUCAUUUGAAACGGUUUAUACUUGUACAUUUUGUUUAUGAAUUUGUAAAACCUGUACUUCCUGUGCAUACUCAAUGUGCCUUGUUCAGUGCACAGACUUUGAUACAGAUAGUGGGAUAUGAAUUUUGAUAAUUUGACAGGUAUUUAUUAGAAAACUAAUAACAGAUGGUUACGUUUUAAAAUGAUAAGAACUAAAUGUUUAACCAACAGGUAAUAUGUGGGUUCCAUGUUUGUUCAACUGUCUAAAUUUAGCAAAUAACGCCAAGAAUUUGAGGUUUUUGUGUUUGGAGCAAAGUUACAUCUGAAAUAUAUUUUAUGCAGUAAUUGGUUAAGGUUGUCAACAUUUUUUUUUUUAACCAACUGACACAUUUUUAUGUUUUUGAAUCCUAUAUCAUACCAACCAAACCUUUAACAUGACAUGCUUAUUAUACCCAUCUUUAACAAUCAAAUAUCACUGAAAAUAUUACAGUUGCAAUGAUGGAAAUUUUUUAAGGAACAUUUGAUUUACGACAUUUUUUAAAAGAAAUUUCUCCACAUUACACCUUAUUAGUGUAAUUUCCAAAAUAAAAGCCCCAAUAAAUUAAUCAAGAGAGCUUUUGAGACAAUAAAGUCAGUCUUUACCAAAAAUUAAAAUCUGUUUAAGUCUUUAGGUUCCCUCCGUUCUACUAAAAAAAGAAAACAAAGUAGUUUUGUUGCAUCAAUGUGAGUUUGAGAGCAAAAACCGUCUGUAAAUACACGUUUAUGUGUCUUGAUUUGCUGUGUAAUGUAUUUAUUUUUUAAAGAAAGAAGGGACGUUUUGUGAUGAUGUUUAAAACAAGUUGUGACCUUUAAAAAAGUAAACCCUUUGGUCACUGGUGCUCUUUAUUUUUGCUGACAGGGCAGUUUUGUUGGUGGAAAAAAAAAACAUCUUCCAAACAUAAAUAUUGUUCUUUCAUGGUCAGUCUCACUGUUUUUUUUUCUUUUUGUCCUUCCAAAUACACGGAACAAUCUAUCUUUCAGAUCCACCAUUCUGCCCGUUUCCCGCUGCUGAUUGGCUGACUCAGGUGUUUCCUGAUUUUGAUUGACAUGGUGCACCUGAUCCAGAUAAUCAGCAGCAGGGUGGUAGAUCUUAAGGAUUAGGGUUGUCUAAAUGCGAUUUGUGUGUAAAAGCCACAAACUUUUGGUGUUUGGUGGACAAUCAGUGCUGCAGAGCCUCCCUCAACAUAUCAGAGGAGAUAUCAGUGAUGAAAGAAGUUCGAUUUUUUUCCUUAAUUUUUCUACCUUAUUUAUAUAGAAGAGGGUAUUGCAUAUGUAGCAGGAAGUGAGGACUCUUAAUGAAAAGUGUUCUGCAAAAAGGCGAUCUAAAAUCGCAUUUUCUACAUCCUAAUCUGGAACGAUUUGCUGAGCCUGUUUGUUGUAAGUAAAAGCAACUUCCCGGAUCAUCUGAGAUCCUGUUCAUGCAGUGUUGUGUUGAAGGAGAAAAAAAAUGUCUUUACACGUUUGCCUUUCUGUAUCCGUUUGAUGUAUUCUAACAUCUGCCAUUCUUUUCAGUCUAGCUGGGACUUUGUAAAGUCAUGACACUGUUUCUGUGCUCUACAGUUUUUACACAAUAAUCCUGAAAAAAAUGGAGGACCACUCUGCCUUUAUUUUGAAAUUUGCUGCCAUUUGGAUUCUGGGUUAAAUCAACCUGACUUACAGAGAGAGGCUCUAAAAUGAUUUGUAUCCAAAAGGAACUUUUAAGGGUUUUCCCCCUUAAAGUGUUUAAGCACCAGCCUCGCAUGCGUUGCCAGAUUUCUAACUAAACUAAUAGAGGCUUAAAAUAAUUCUGCCUCAUUUCUACCAGUUUGAAAAGCAGAGCUUUUGUUUUUAUGCCAUAACAAUUUCGUUCAAUGGUCUGUGUGUUCUGUUGAAGGCUCUGAAGAUUGUAAAGUACUGUUGUUGUUUCAGUUGUUGAUAGACUGAAUAAAACAAAUUCAUGACA